UAACAUGUGUGUAGACAUCUAAGCAUAGGGAGGGAGGGAAGCAGUCCCGCCUUUUGCGUAAACUUGUUGAUCCAGAAAAUUGAGCUUCAAUGUCUCUAUCAUCAUCGCCAAAAUUGAUCGUGCUUUUGCCAUCGCAUUUUCGUUCCGGAUGAAUCUCAUUGUAGCAAGUGUUGCGGUUUCGGAGUAUCAGAUAUUGGAGAAGCAAGUGGAGGGGAUAAACUGCGAGCAGGUUUAGUAUAACUCAUGAUGCCCUCUUCUUGAAUAUUACCUGAAUCACUUGAGCCAAUUUUAUGACAAAUCAUCAACAUGCUUUUGGGGCAUUGGAAGCCUAUUUAACUCCUGGGGGGUCUUUACAUAUGUUCUCGUCAACAAUUAUUUAGGUGGGGAGUGAAUAUGAAUAUGAUGCAGAAGCAACAUAGCCCACCUUUACCUUCAACACCUACCAAUCGAAUUCGUCAGCGUAGACGUGCCAAAUCGCUAGAGGUUCUUCCUGAUCCAAGCAAAUUAAAUGGAGGAAGCUUACUCGUCCAUGAUCAAAACAAAUAUAGAUCCAUGUGGAUUCGAACACAUUCCUCUUUAUGGAUGCUUGGAGGUUUCAUACUCAUUCUGUACUUGGGCCAUCUUUAUAUAUGCGCAAUGGUGGUUGUCAUCCAAAUAUUAAUGGCAUCCGAGCUUUUUCAGUUGCGUAGAAGAGUUCAUGAAGAUAAGCAGCUUCCUGGAUUUUGGCUUAUCAACUGGUAUUUUUUCUUUACAGCAAUGCUGUAUGUGUAUGGCCGCAUUCUCAGUCAACAUCUUGUCAAUACUGUAACAUCAGAUCAGUUCUUCUAUAGACUUGUGAACAGCCUUAUCAAGUAUCACAUGGUCAUUUGUUAUUUUCUAUACAUUGCAGGAAUGGUGUGGUUCAUUCUUACUCUGAAGAAGAAGAUGUACAAGUAUCAAUUUGGUCAGUAUGCAUGGACGCACAUGAUUCUUAUAGUGGUCUUCACGCAGUCUUCAUUCACUGUUGCUAAUAUUUUCGAAGGAAUUUUCUGGUUUGUCCUUCCGGCAUUUCUUAUAGCAACUAAUGAUGUGGCUGCAUACUUCUUUGGCUUCUUCUUUGGAAGAACACCUUUAAUCAAGCUAUCCCCUAAGAAGACAUGGGAGGGCUUUAUUGGAGGAUCUGUUGCUACCGUAGUGUCUGCAUUUCUGCUUGCAAAUAUUUUGGGCCAGUUUCAAUGGUUGACAUGCCCAAGAAAGGACCUAUCAACUGGUUGGCUUCAUUGCGAUCCUGGGCCACUUUUCAAGCCGGAGUAUUAUUUCUUUCCUAUAUGGCUUCCUGAAUGGAUACCUUGGAAGGGAGUGUCUGUUUUGCCAGUGCAGUGGCAUGCUUUAUGCCUAGGUUUGUUUGCAUCAAUUAUUGCACCUUUUGGAGGGUUUUUUGCUAGUGGUUUGAAGAGAGCUUUUAAGAUUAAGGAUUUUGGCGAUAGCAUUCCAGGGCAUGGUGGCUUUACAGAUCGAAUGGAUUGCCAGAUGGUGAUGGCUAUAUUUGCCUAUAUCUAUUUUCAAUCUUUUGUCCUCCCUCAGACCAACUCAGUAGAGAUGAUCUUGGAUCAGAUAGUAAGAAACCUGAGCUUUGAAGAGCAGGAAAGAUUAUACAUGAUGCUAGGUCAAAUAUUCAAAGGACAACAAUUUGUGCAUCCUUGAAGGCUGUCAACCAGAAUGUAAUCAACCCAUCAAGAGCUUUACCGUAGGAGAAAAAAGAACUUGUAUAAUUUGUAUGGGAUCCAGCAACCCUUCUUGGGUUGCAAUUUUCGUUGUUUCCUGCUUUCAUGAAGAAGAAAUGUAGCAUAGCAUCAAUGUCGAGCAGUGGGAUUGUGUAACUACUUCCUCAGCUGGCACUAGCUUUUUCCAGUUUCACCAACACUACCCCCAUAUGCAACCUCAUAAGAAGAGUUGAUUCCCUUAGUUCAAAUCAAGAAUUUCCAUAUCUCAAAUGCUUAUAGUUACCAAUGCCAGAAUGAGGAAACACCUUAAGUUUCUUUCAUGUAUUUAUGCCUCAUAGCUGGUGUAGUUUCCCUUCAGAAAAUCAUCCAUGGGGACUCUGGAUUGUGAU